GGCACCGGGGCGGAGCGCGGGGCCGCGGGCGGGGCGGGGCGGAGGGGGAGCGGCGGGGACCGGCGCCUGUUGCCCCGAGAGAGUUAACGGUGCGGGGAAACUCGCCUCUCCUCCGCCCGUACCGGGCGCUUGGCAACCGGCGCCCCGCGCAUGUAGGGCCGCCGGGGGCUGCCGCCGCCACCCGCCCCCCCCCUCCCCUCCCGCCCCCGCUGGUCCCCGCGUCCCCCUCCCCGCCCCGGACAAGGCGUUUAACGUGCCCAGGCGUGAAGUAUGGCAUGCAAAGAUGGUUUCUGCCAAGGAGCCAGCCAUCGCCAUGUCCUCGGGUCUCUCCAUCGCCCUCCUGCACUGCCUGUGCCUGGCGACGUGUCUCACCGGGCCGCCGGGGCAGAGCAAAAAAGAGGAGAAAUUGUGGCCGGAGAAUUUCACCAGCAUCCUGAACAGCCUCCUGGAUGGCUAUGACAACCGGCUGCGACCGGGAUUCGGGGGUCCUGUUACUGAAGUCAAAACAGAUAUAUAUGUCACCAGUUUUGGACCUGUUUCUGAUGUAGAAAUGGAGUAUACAAUGGAUGUCUUCUUCCGUCAGACAUGGGUAGACAAAAGAUUAAAAUAUGAUGGCCCUAUUGAAAUUUUAAGACUUAACAACUUGAUGGUUUCAAAGGUGUGGACUCCUGACACUUUCUUCAGGAAUGGGAAAAAGUCUGUCGCACAUAAUAUGACAGCCCCAAAUAAACUCUUCAGAAUAAUGAGAAAUGGCACCAUCCUGUACACGAUGAGGCUUACAAUAAGUGCAGAGUGUCCCAUGAGAUUAGUGGAUUUUCCCAUGGAUGGUCAUGCUUGUCCUCUCAAAUUUGGGAGUUAUGCUUAUCCAAAGAGUGAAAUGAUUUAUACCUGGACAAAAGGACCUGAGAAGUCAGUGGAAGUUCCUGAGGAGUCUUCCAGUUUAGUUCAGUAUGACCUGCUUGGGCAUACGGUAUCCACUGAAACCAUUAAAUCAAUUACAGGUGAAUAUAUUGUUAUGACAGUUUACUUCCACCUCAGACGGAAAAUGGGUUAUUUUAUGAUUCAGACCUAUAUCCCAUGCAUUAUGACUGUGAUCCUUUCUCAAGUUUCAUUUUGGAUAAAUAAGGAAUCUGUUCCAGCUAGAACGGUGUUUGGAAUAACCACGGUGUUGACGAUGACGACACUGAGCAUCAGUGCAAGACAUUCACUGCCAAAAGUAUCCUAUGCUACUGCCAUGGACUGGUUCAUAGCGGUCUGCUUUGCCUUUGUGUUCUCCGCUCUCAUUGAGUUUGCUGCUGUCAACUAUUUUACUAAUAUUCAAAUGGAAAAAGCCAAAAGGAAGACAGUGAAAUCCCUCCUUGAAUUUCCAGUUGCUCCAGUACAAAGAGAAAGAAGUACAGAAGAGACGCUUACGAGUACAGAUGCCAAUUCAAAUGUGAGGAAAAGAACGAAUGCCACAGUACAGUCCGAAACUGAUGGUGGGAGCCGAAUUGACACAAGGCACAGUUCCAUCCAGCCUCCCUCUGUAGCUCAGGGGUCUUCUGACGUUUCACCCCACUCCCUUUCUGCAUCAAGUCCCAACCCUUUCACACGCAUCAAUGCAUCAGAGACAUUAUCUUCUGCAAGAGCCACCCCUCCAGCUCCUCCUUCUACCCCAAUUUUAACUGGAUUUGUAUCCCAGCAUGCCACAGCUGGAUCCCCUUCCAUUCAGCGCUUGCUUGGAUCUAGACUGGAGCAGAUUCAGACCACCACACCUAAUACAUUAGGAGCAUCUGCAAAGCCAUCUGCUGUCACACCACCUGCGCCCCCCGCCUCCCACUCUGGCACGAGUAAGAUAGACAAAUAUGCACGCAUUUUAUUUCCUGUUACCUUCGGAGCAUUUAACAUGGUCUACUGGGUGGUGUAUCUAUCCAAGGAUACCAUGGAAAAAUCGGAAAGUCUAAUGUAGUUUUGCUGCUAUGUAGUAGUUCCUAAAUUAUACUCACAUUUGAUGCAGAGUUUCUUCUUUUGAAACUAUUUAAAAAGGUCAAUAAUUCUUAUUUAUAAAAGCUGUGUGCUACUUUCCCGUUGUAAAGGCUGGAGUUAUUGGGGAUAAUUAGUUAACUCCUGGCAGAGUAAUGGGUAACAGAUUUGUCUUCCUCCCUUCAGCUAGCAGUGAACCAUCACUCUUCAGAGAGACUACUCUGGCUAGACAGAACUUGCCUUUGGGAGGAACACGGACCCCAAACAAAUCAAAGGCAGAGGUGCACAGCUGUGCAGAGGAACACAUCUUGACUGCUAGAAUACGCACGCUGGUUAUUACAAAUCCCUGAGGCACCCAGCACUGCUGUCUGGACACAGCAUUGCAUUCUCCGAGUGCAAGGCCCAUGUCCUGAAUAUUUUGACAGUGCUUGCUAGAAAGGGACUUCCCCUGCUAGAUUAAAAUUGGCAGAAUGGGGGGGGGGAAAAAUGAACCGUGGAAAAAGAAAAGAGAGUCCAGCCUGGGAGAGUGCAACUCCAGAAAAGUUAUGCAAAGGAGUUGUAGAGCUCCAUAUAUUUUUACUAAGCAUUAUUUUGCGUUGCAACCUGGGAAAUUCUCACUCCAAAAUAAGAAUGAGUGAACCUUGUAAAAUCUGAAAUCUGACGUAAUUCUCAAAAUUGGAGUUUUUUGUUUGGUAAGGUGAUCUUAAGUGUAUGGUUCUUCUUUGACCUUGCUGACCAGCUUGAGUGGAUUUAUUCCGAAUUUACAUCCGUUGUGGUACAGGAGGACCAGGCCCACAAUGUUCAACUUCUUAAUCGAAUUCUUUGUUCUUUCCUUCGGAUGCUUUGGGUUGGUGGGUUUUGGGUUAUUUUCCCUUCCCUGCCCCCCCCCCCCCCCGCUCUUUUUCAGUCACACCCCUCUGAUUUCCUUUGAACACGUAUUCCCCUCCACCCCCUCCUUUUAGAUGAUGUUUGAGUCAGGUUAAAUUUUCAACACAGUUUUAAAAGUGGCUUCAAAGUUAAGCAAACCAAUUUUUCCUGUGCUUUGAUAAGUGUGGCUAUGGCACAUCUUUGAGUGAACGAGAAACACCCUUUUGUGAAGGAAAGCUGUGACAUAAAUAAGAAAAGAAAGUUUCUAGGUGGAGCCUGGGGGGAACACACAGUUUAUUUAUGGUCUGUUUGUUUCUCUUGCACUAUGGCAUAGAUAUGUGCUUUUCUUAGGGGUUCAAUUUGCAAUAUGCAAGCAGGCAACUUUGUUAAAGAACUGAAUGGAUUCAGACUGAUAGAAAUCUUGAUCAGAAAUGUUUUUUUCACCAGAAUAGGUGGAAGAUACACUGACAAUACAUCUAAAAAUGUUUGCAUGGAUCCAUCUGGCUAAGCAAAUGGUUAGUAGGUGACAAGUAAAAUCAAAAUGACAAGUAAAAAUCAAAAACCAGAUCACACAUUCUCAGCUGUGACCUGGUUGUGCCUUUAAAGAGUCUGGAAGUAGUUGAAUCUCCUUUCAGUGGAGUAAUCCUUAGCUUCAGUUGGUUGCAACAGCAGAUCGGUAGCCCACGGUCAAAGUUUUAUGUUGGGGGGCAAAUCAGUUGAGUGUUGAGUGCCCAAGUAAUAAUAAAGUGACUGAUGGAGACCACGAGCAGAUGGAAUAAUUGAGGACAUGUAUGAGACUGCCUUAGACUAUGUUGGGAUGAGAAUCAGAGUAAAAAGACCCCAGAAUGGUGAAACUAUGACUGUAUCUCUGUGCUUCUUUCUGUCUCUCCAAACCUUCUAGCCAGUUUGUGGCGGAGAAUCUGACCUUUAACUUAUGGGACCUGGGAGAUUGCAAGAGAUAUGUACUGCAUUGUGUAGUCUGGAUCCCAGGCUGCUAUUUCACAUAUAGCAUUGGACUGUCAAUGAUAGGGUGCAUUGGAUGUGGGAACGUCUUACAUGACUUUGUUAUGAUGGUGUGUUAUAAACAAUUACCUUAGUCUUUUUUAUACUUAAGCAAUGCUCUCACGAAGCUGGGUACGGUCCUUUCCUUUUCGCCUUUUCCAUCUGGAAGAAGCCUGAGAAUAUAACCCUCCUCAGAAAACCAUUACACGUGCCAUAGCACAGAACUGGAAAUGGAGCCCCCAUAAAUAUGUCUAACUGCAGUAGUUUGCAUCUUUGAACAUAUCUCUAGUUGCUGUAGCUGUUUCUUCCCUAAUUUGGUCACAUUAUUGCAGAUUGUCAGAACAGAAGAUAGCCUACAAGAGAUUGUUUAUUUAUUUUGUUAAGCAAGAAGAAACAAAGCUAAUCCUCUGGCAAUUACUGAUCAUAAUUGCACAAAUGAUAAAAUAUUUCUAGUAUGAAGAACAA